AUGGAGAGCCUUAUAUGCACAACGCAUGGCCUGAGGGCAUUUUGCCCAAAAUCAGUGCGCUCGCUGCUGAGCUGCACGCACUCCAGCCCUGGUGGGCUGCGGACGCUCUGGAUUUGGAGCGGUCAAGAGACAAAGGAUGCCGAUCGAGGCAAGCACGGUCAAGAGGAUAUUCCAACUGGAACCAACCAGACCAGCGAAGAACCGACCAACGGAAGGAAACCAACGAACAUAUCGAAGAUGUGGAGGCCAGGGAAGUGGGUCUACAUCGAUGACGAACCAAACGACUCCAGCUCAGCCGAAAACAACCCCCCCAACCACGAAAACUCAAACGAAGCAGUCGACCCACCGUCACCACCUUGGAAACUCGGCCAGGUGCCAGUCGAGACGGCGAUUUUCAAAGACGGCAGACGGAUGAGCCGACGGUUCAACCACAAGAAUAACACUACCCCUCCGCCUCAAUCCAACAUGUCCAAGAAAGCCCGACGAAAGAGUACCGGCCAAGUCACCAGUAACAACGCUUCAAGUACAGCCACACAACCAUCUGCCGAUAAUAAUAACAGUAAGAGCUCUAGAAACAGAAGGAAAUCUCACGCCCAGAUAAAGGAAUCCGCAAGCAACACUCUUCUCGCACGACCGGAUGAUAGUCAACCUCAGGCUUCUGGUCCCACUACUCAAGAUUCAACUGAACGAGAACCAAGCAAUCGGGAGCCCAAUCAGACCUCCACCGGACCCGUUUCACCGAAUACAACGAGCCCACCGAACCCGCUAUCGGAUCAAGACCCACCUCUGACUCUUCAAGCCCACCUCUCAGAUCUCAAGCACCCAUCGAAGUCAAGAGGCAGUUUCACUACGACCGAUGAUCUGCCUCAUUCCAUCCCCGAUUUCAACUCAGUCACCGAAGCUCAGUCAGCCGGCCCCCGCACUCCCCCCGCAAUCGAAUUCUCAAGUGCAUCGGUUUCCGACCGGCGCGCAUCUGCUCCUCCGUCCGGAGAUCUACUGCUCCCACCACCACUGAAGAAAUUCAAGCCAUGGGAGGCACUCAAGAGUUUUCAAACCGAUGGCUCUGAUGUCGCUGGCGAUAUGAAACUGAUUCAGGAAGGACAUCAAAAAAUGCUCGAGACUGAUGCUCAACGUCGACAUUCCCGUCAACAGCGUAAACGCGCAUCAGCUCCACCGAACGCGAUUGGUUCAGCCCCAACAACAGAUAAAGGCAAAGAGCGAAAUGAAAGCAGUCGAAAGAAGAAAGAAGAGCCCGGCUCGGGCGUCGACACUAUGGAUUCCCAGCAAGACCUCGAUCUAUCCUCGUCCUCCGACCUUACCGAACUAUCGUCCACUCUAUCUGAUCUUUCCGAGGAAGAGUUCUCAGACAACCAGCAGCACUCAAGCUCCUCGUCAGUGGUCUAUUCGGAGAUUGAGCUCGAGGACGAUUGUUUGCCGGACGUGCUGGUGCGCAAGGUUCGUCGACCCUCCCGGCCCGGCACAUCUGCCUCCCCACAGAAGACUAUGACCGAAUUGAUCAAGUGGAAGAAACGCAAAGCUGCUGUCUGUCAUCUCCGUGAGCGGAAAGCGGCUCUCAGAUCCUUGAAACCGCACUCCAACUCCUCCGUCGACCCUAACCUUGAUGCUGAGAACUGGGAACCACCCCCCUACAUCAAGAUCAAGUCCAACAUCUACCCGUUCCGUAAACCGGAGAUGAGCGAAUAUCCGCCGGCUAUUUGUAACUGUACCGACGGCGGAUGCGGGGAGAAAUGUCUUAACAGGGCGAUGUUUUAUCUGUGUGAUCCGAAGCUUUGUCAACUCGGCCAGGCCUGCAAAAACCUACCGUUCAACCAACGCAAGGAUGCGAUCGAGGAGUCGUCGACCAAGCUCGGCAAAGGUCUUAAGGUCUUCUAUACCGGACCCAUCAAAGGCUGGGGCCUUAAAACCGAAAUCAAGCUCAAGAAAGACCGCUUCCUCAUCGACUAUCGGGGCGAAAUCAUCUCGAGGGAUGUCUGUUACAAACGCGUGCUCAAUGAGUAUAACGGAUUUAAACACUUUUACUUGAUGGAUUAUGAUGGCUCGGACGUAAUCGACGCGGGUCUCAAGGGAAAUUGCGCCCGCUUCAUCAAUCAUUCGUGUACGCCUAAUUUGAGGGUGGAAAGGUUCAAGUUAUCGGGGUUAGAGGAGUACCAAUUUGGGAUCUUCACCCUGCGCGACAUCGAGAUUGGGGAGGAGCUAUCGUACGACUACGGCUGGAGAAACUUUAGCGACAUUGCACCCACGUCGGAUAUCCGCACCUCGAUCCGCUCGUCGCCGGAGAACAAGGGCGAGCCCGAAGCCUCCUCCACGCGUCGCUCAACCCUCCGCCUCACCACAACCACCCAGAGCCCGCUCGUCUCCGCCACCGCGCCUACCGUCCAACGCUGCUACUGCGGCACUAAAGGCUGCAAAGGCUUCUUGGAUCGUUAA